AAGUCCCACCCUGCUGGGAAGACGGAACAAAAGCUACCUUAGGGAGGCAGUCAGGCAGACGGGCAGCCCAGGGACAGGAGAGUGAGCUGGAGCCGCAAGAAGGGAGAGAAUAAAACAGACCCUGAUUUUGGAACCUGAAGACCAAGGUUCAAGACCAGUUCUGCUGCUUCUAGUUGUGGGGCCUUGGGCGGGUGCCCCUGGGCCUUAGCUUGCUUUUCUGUGAAAUGUGAACAAUGACCAUCUCUCCCUGUGCAAGCCCUUGCAAGUGAGGACAUAAUGACCUGGGGGUUGUGAGAUGAUUUUGUCAGCCACAUCGUCAUUAAGGGCACCCAUUUCCAGAUUCUUCCAGGCCUCCGGGCUCCCAAGGCCUGAGUGGGUGGCACACAGGUGUAGACGCGUCUACGUGAGAGGCCGAGGACAUAGCCAGCAUGAACUGGGCAUUUCUGCAGGGCCUCCUGAGUGGCGUGAACAAGUACUCCACGGCACUGAGCCGCAUCUGGCUGUCCGUGGUGUUCGUCUUCCGCGUGAUGGUGUACGUGGUGGCCGCCGAGGAUGUGUGGGACGACGAGCAGAAGGAUUUCACCUGCAACACCCUCCAGCCGGGCUGCCCCAAUGUCUGCUACGACCACUUCUUCCCCGUGUCCCACGUGCGCCUCUGGGCCCUGCAGCUCAUCCUGGUCACAUGCCCCUCGCUGCUCGUGGUCAUGCACGUGGCCUACCGUGAGGAGCGAGAGCGGAGGCACCAGGCAAAACACGGACCCAAUGCCCCACCCCUGUACAGCAACCUGAACAAGAAGCGCGGCGGGCUCUGGUGGACAUACUUGCUGAGCCUCAUCUUCAAGGCCGCCGUGGACUCGACCUUCCUCUACAUCUUCCACCACCUCUACAAGAACUACGACAUGCCCCGCGUGGUGCACUGCAGUAUAGACCCCUGUCCCCACACUGUGGACUGCUACAUCUCCAGGCCCACGGAGAAGAAGAUCUUCACCUACUUCAUGGUGGGCACGGCCGCCAUCUGCAUCCUGCUCAACCUCUGUGAGGUCACCUACCUAGUGGGCAAGAGGUGCAUGGAGAUCCUGGGUCCCCAGCGCCGGAAGUCUCGGCACCGGCGUCACCUUCCCGAUACGUGCCCGCCAUAUGUGGUCUCCCAGGGAGGGCACCACCAGGAUGGGAACUCUGUCCUAAUGAAGGCCGGGUCGGCCCUAAUGGACGAAAGUGGGUAUCCAUAACCUGUGAGACGGCAGGUAGGUUUCUCUAAGGAAAACAAGCAACGGUAGUGGCAGGUGGGGAGAGUGGCCGUGGGGGCUCAGGAAGCCCACCCCGAAGCCAGCGUGCAAUGGGAGGGGCACAGGUCAGCUCCCGGGUCCUGAGCCUGGGAGAUUUGAGAGGCAGUGGGGACACUGCAUGUGGCAACAGGGAACAUCAAAACCCCAAUAAAUGUGAUUUUCCCUGUA